UGCUUGUGCAGUCGAUUGAAUAGAAAGAGACAAGACUAUAAAAAAUAUAUAAAAUGUCAAGAGUUCAAAAAUGUAAACAAUUAAGGUUAUGUAAAUGGAUAGGUAUCAUGUCAGAUUUUAUAAGUUCAUUCAGUGCUUGAUCGAAAAUUUGAAUUUUACGUAAAUUUAAGUGUUGUCAACGACUAGUGCAUCGCAAAUCCGUACCAAAUUACAGUGCCAUAUACAAUGACGGACGUUAAGAAUACAGGGGAUUGUUUCCAGAAGAAAACUGGACAAAACAGCAUCGUCCAGCCACUUUUAACUGAUUUAUACCAAGUAACAAUGGCUUAUGCUUAUUGGAAAACAGGAAAAAUAAACGGUCAUGCAGUUUUCGACUUGUACUUCAGGAAAAACCCUUUCAACGGUGAGUUCACAGUUUUUGCUGGUUUAGAAGAGUGUUUGAAAUUUCUAGAAAAAUUCAGAUAUUCCGAAAGCGAUAUCGAAUACCUCAGACAAAUUUUACCAACAUCAGUGGAAGAAGGGUUCUUUGAGUACUUAACGACACUCACUGCAGAUAGCAUAAGUUUCUAUUCAGUUAAAGAAGGUACUGUUGUUUUUCCUAGAGUGCCUCUAAUAAGAAUCGAGGGUCCGUUAGUAGUGACGCAAUUAUUAGAGACAACGUUAUUAAAUUUAGUAAAUUAUGCUAGUUUAAUGGCUACGAAUGCUGCACGAUAUCGCUUAGCUGCAGGAAAGUUGAAAUUAUAUGAAUUCGGAUUAAGAAGAGCACAGGGUCCCGAUGGAGGUUUAUCAGCUUCAAAAUAUUCGUAUAUUGGUGGAUUUGAUGGCACCAGUAACGUCCUAGCUGGAAAAUUGUUUAACAUUCCUGUCAAAGGUACCCACGCUCAUGCUUACAUUACCUCUUUUAAUAGUUUAGAUGAGUUAAUAAAUACUUUACUUAUUCCUAAAGAUGGUGAAGUCCCUAAUGACUUUUUACAAUCUUCUUUAAAAUGGAGAGAGUCUAUAGCAUCUAUGUUUAAUAUUCUUCUAUCAGAAGUCAGUGAUGGAGAGCUAGCAGCUUUUGUAUCUUUUGCUUUAGCUUUUCCAAAUGGUUUUAUGGCACUUGUAGACACAUACGACGUUAAACGAAGUGGUUUAAUAAAUUUCUGUGCAGUAGCUUUAGCUCUACAUGAAUUCGGUUACCAAGCAUUAGGUAUAAGGCUUGACAGUGGGGAUCUAGCAUAUUUAUCUGGUGUAGCUAGGAGUUAUUUUGAAAAAAUUGGCAACCAAUACAAUAUACCAUACUUCAACAAAUUAAACAUUAUGGCUUCAAAUGAUAUUAAUGAAGAAACUAUUAUUAGUUUAAAUGAACAAGGACAUUGUAUUGAUUCUUUUGGUAUUGGAACACAUUUGGUUACUUGUCAAAAGCAACCGGCACUUGGUUGUGUUUAUAAACUUGUUGAACUAGAUGGAGAACCAAGAAUCAAAUUAAGUCAUGAUGUAGCUAAAGUUACAAUUCCUGGGAAGAAAAACGUGUUCAGAUUAUAUGGAAAUACUUUUAGUCUUAUAGAUCUUUUACAAAGAUCUGAUGAGGAACCUCCUAUAAUGAAUGAAAAAGUACUGUGCCGACACCCUUUUGAAGAAUCAAAACGGGCCUAUGUCAUUCCAUCUAAAGUAGAAAAUCUUCUGCUGUUGCAGUGGAAAGAUGGUAGGAUCAUCAGACCCAUGCCGAAUUUACAAGAGAUCAAAGAGAAUGUGCAUAAUUCUUUGAAGAUUUUGAGAUCAGAUAUCAAGAGAAGUUUGAACCCCACGCCAUAUAAGGUCUCUGUAAGUGAUAGCCUUUACCAUUUUUUGCACAAAUUGUGGUUGGAUAAUGCUCCAAUCGGUGAGCUUUCCUGAUACGCCUGAUUUACCUAUUCGUACGGUUUCUAGUUACAAAAAGUACAAAAAUUAUUUUGGUACAAAUUGUGAGCAACUUUGAGUCAUACGAAAGGGUUGCAAAGUAGCUUGAGAGAAUUAAAUAUGGGUUAAAAGCUACAAAAUAUUGUAAGUUGAGUGGUAAAUUUGUAAAUAUCUGUUGUAAAUUAGAGAUUUUGAUUGUAGAUCUAUGUAUUUGUUACAAGUGAUUUGAUCACUAUAAAAUUGGCUUGUUAAAUAUUCUUAUAUAGGUAUGUAUAUUAUAAAUUUUACAUAAAAUAUUUUGCACAAAGAAGCACAUUUUUCUAUACUUUGUAAAAUAUUGUAUAUUUUUCUUAUUUCAAUAAUAAAAAGGCAUUAAAAGAAUCUCAGAAACGAAAUCUCCAAGCUACUAUAAAUAAAAACUUUUUUUAUUUACUGUUGUUACCAUUUAUCUUUGCAUAAAAUAUUUAUAUUGUUAGAAGUUUGGUAGUUUAACACAUUCACUGCCUGUACUAGUAAAAUAAAGUUGUUGACAAAUAUUUAUCAUGAGCUAAAGUAGGUUGUUAACUGUUGUUGUCUGUAGAUAAAUUAGUUGUAUUAAAGGUCUAGGACUAGCGGUUUGGGUUCUGGGUAUUUAUUAACCAGGAACUAAACAUUUAAUUAAUACAUCUUAUAAAAUGCAUUUACCAACAUUCAAAUGUGUCUUUGUAAAGUUGCUUGUGAUUCAUAACUAGAGGCGCUAUACCAUAUCAGUGUGAUAUGAUAAAAUAUAUGAGAAUGCUAUUUUUAAAACCCACCCUCCUAACCCACCCCUUAUUUUUAGAUAUUUUUAAAAAACCUGCGAAGACACGUAUUAUAGGCUUACCUUCAUUAUAAGUCAGGGGAGAAAUAUAGUAAAUAAAACAAUUAAUUUGCAGAAACAGUGUUAAAAUAUCAAGCAGACCAACUUUUUUUAUUAUACAUAUAUUAUAUAUAUUUAAAAUAGUUAUUAUAGGAACAAAAAAGGCCCUCAAAUAUAUUUUUUUUAUAUUAAACAUUUAAGUAGACUUAUCAAUAUUAAAAAUUAGGUACUUACAGCUUGAGUAAAUUAGUAUAAUACUCUCCUUCUACCUAUAGAGGGCGAAUCAUAACUAUUGGAACAUAGUGUAACCACAGAUUAUUUGUACAAAAUAUCUUCUUCCAAUAUGCCACUGUUACGGUUUCUUGUACAUGGGCAACACUGUAAAUUUUCUAGUAAACAUUUUAAAAUGUUUCAUUACCAAUUAGUUUUAAUUUCAUCAAGUAUUUCUUAUGUGGUGUUCAGUUUAACAAAAUGUAUAAUUUAGUAACAAUCUAAGGUAACUGCACCAGUAAUUGACACUUGAUUUUUUUCAUGUAGGUACCAGUAAUUGACACAAAUUCAGGGCCGCCGAGAGCCAGACCGGGCCCCGACAAUUAAAAAAUUAAAUAACAAAAGGUCCUCAAGCAAAAAUUUCUCCUCCUCUACUUCUUUGAAUUUCUCUAAAGUAAGAACUUCCCCCAUCUUGUGUCGAACUUCUGAAAGUAACAAACACCAUCGCUGCCGGGCCUUCCUUUUAAAUCCGGGCCCCGGAAAUUAGUCCCAGCUGCCCCCCCCCCCCCCCUUCUAGUCGGCCCUGCACAAAUUAAGGAACAUUUUUUUAUUAUACUUUUAAUUUUGAAUACACCAGUCAAUAACUGUAACCAAAGGGCGAUCUUAUAUUUAAAUGGUAUAUUGCAGACUUUUUAGACAACAACAGUGUAUAUCAGUAUUUGCUUGUGGACCAGUCAUUGACAGGGUAUGUCAAUAACUGGAACACACUGGUUUUGCUUGUUCCAGUUAUUGACACUUUAAUGAAAAUGAGGUUUUAGGAUUUCCAUGCAUAAAAACCCGUCAGUGUUGUUUAAUACACCCCCAGGAAUAGUUUAAAUAAAUUUAACAUGAAGUAUAUUUGGUAUACUGUCCUUAUGAAAUGUCUUAAAAUGUUCACCAUUUUGUAACUGACCGUGGUGCCACCUAAUAUCCGUUACGUAGGCUACACGGUUGACAAAUAUUCUAAUAAUACCGACGUUUAAGACAAAUUUCUCAUAUAUAGUCUAAUGUUCUUAUUUUUGAAGAAUAAUUGGAACACUGUCAAUUAUUGGUGCAUUUAUCAUAUACAGAUAUUAUUAAUUAACAAAAAAAAAACGUAAAAAUAAUUUAAAUUUUUCAGUUCUCAAUAUUUUUUAAUAAGGCAUAUAUUGGUCCAAAUAAUUUGUGUAGUUACUCUAUCUCACGUGUGCAGAUCGACAAAAAUAUCCAAAGCCGCUAAUGCUGUAAAUAGAAGGAUGUAGAUCUCAUAGCUCAUUUUAUUCCGCUUGUUCUUUGUGUUGUGUCUAACGGUUGGCGCAUCAUGCGGUUUUGUUAUUCUUGUCGAUCAGUAUAUAAACGUAAUUUUGAGUCAUUAGCAGUGCAAAAAAGCAAUUAUACAUAAAUAUUAAUCAUAAUACAAAAACUAAUAGUUCUACAGCCAACUUGCAGAUUUGUGACUUAUUUUCUUAUGGCUAAAUUUAUUAAUUUGUGCUAUGUGUCCAACGAAUUCACGGAAGCGCGACGUUCAGACUGGGGCGCUUACGUAGCUAUAGGCAUUACAAGAGAUAGGUACCUCUCAAAAACUUGACCUAUUUUCUUAACAUUUUUAUGAAUUUGUUGGACACGUAUCGUAGUACAAUUUAAUAAUAAAAUAAAAGUCACAAACCUGCACGUUGGCUCUAGUACUAUAAAAUGUAUGUACAUGCCUAUGUAGAGACCGAAAAAAGUUUUGAGAUUUCGAUAUAAAUGAUUUAAUUUUAAUAUAAAUAUAUUCCCACGCUUUCCCAUUAUCUCUGUCAAAUCGUCGUCAUUCCAGUUUGAUUCUUGAUUUUCGUAAAUAAAUAAAAAUGACAGAAAGCAAUAUUAGGACAGUAGGGAGCAAAACAAGUUAAUAUUUUAUAAAUGCUGAAUGGUAUUAUCUUUAUAAAAUUUCUAGUUGUCCAUACACAAGUUUGGGCGUAAAUUUUGGAGAGAUGGACAAGUUGUGGCACAGAGCUUUCACUAUAUCACUGUUAAUUUUUCUUGUAGCACAAUUGUGUUGAUCACUUCAUGAUUAUUGGUGUUUUCCAGAGAUAACAGAGAUAAAAGCAGUCAUUGAUCAAAUAUAAUAUAAUUCAUAAAAGUUUCGCCUAUGUAUUGACAAGGUAACAGUGCUUUCCCCAUAUUUUUUGCUUUUAAAUUAACAAAAAUAUAGGUGUUUUCUCAGUUUUUCUUAUAGCAAAUUUUUUUUUGAUCUUAGAAGGUAUCACAGUAGUACAGCCAAAUAAGUACAAUUUUGAUAAUUUGAUAUUCUACCAUUUUUUGCUACCAAAGUUUUUUGCUGUUCUCGUUCAUCAUCUGCCAAUCGGUGCAAAAAUCACAGUCAACAGAAUUUCUGAACUUUUAAAUGUCCAUGAAGAAUUUUUAGGAUGAAUGCCUAAAGUAUUCUUUAUUUCGUAUGAAAUAUGACUGUCAUUCUUCACCAGUUUUUCAACUGCGGACAUAUUUUCGACGCCACCUUCAAAUUGCUUAUAUCGUCCACGACUUGGAGCAUAUUCUCCAGAGGAAUUGCUCCGGAGUCAGACGUUUGAAAUUGUAGCGAAAAUUCUGACCUCAUAGUUACCAAAAUUGCUAGAUAACAAAAAAUGUUGUCUAUGCCAGCGACAUUUUUGUUAAUUUCAAAUCUCUCUUGAUGGGGUGGGUGACUCAGUGGUAGAGUCUCUGCCUGCGGAUCCAAGGGUCCCGGGUUCGAAUCACACCGUUGACCGGGAUUUUUUUAUUUAAUUGAAUUAUUUAAAAUUAAUUCUGAUUCCCCACUCUACUAUUUACUGUUGGGCUCUAAUUAACAGUGCUGUUCCUAAAGUAGCGCUGGGAAACAGUAACAAAGCCUACACAGAACACGAGGCGAAAUAACCCUGGUAGUUGAAGCCGAUGACACAAAAAAAUCAAAAUCUUAAAUUUUAUUAGGUACCUACCUGCCUAUACGUACAUACAUAUUGAUAACAAUGGCUAAGAGGACAAAUCAAUGUGCCAAUGUCCAAAAAUGUCAUUUUGAGCAAACUCUAUUUAAAAGUUGGAGGUUUGUGUUAAUACCUAACUUACUAAAUAAUGGUAAACCGUUUCAAGUGGACGGGACAAAAUUUGGGAAUCAUAAAAGACAGAAUCGUACAUAUUCCAUUUUCGCCAAAAGCGGCCAUACAAUAUUUGUCCUCUUAGCCAUCGAAAUAAUUAUUACAUAAACUAAAAUGUAUGAAUACCUAUAUCGAAUAGUAAUGAAAAUCAUAGUACUGUGAUACGACAAAUUGAAUUGUAUAUUAAAUUUAUGAUUUUCUUAUUUAUCUAACCUUGACUAAUGUAACGUUACCUAAUUAGUUACAAUACUUACGCAUUCCACUUGUUUUUACCGUUUUUUUAAUAAUAACGAAGUGCAUCUGGAAACGAUUGCAUCAAUAUUUUUAGUAAUUGCAAUAUAGCAUCGAGUACCUAAAUCAUGUGUUCUAUAACUGUGACAGCUUCGAUUUAGUUUAUUGUUGAAAAUAUGAAAAAAACUAGUUUGGUUUUUUAGGACCGAUUCCACCGUUGUGUUAAACGAAGUUUAAAAUGACAUUUUUACAUUAACAAUGUCAUUUUAAUCUCCGUUUAACACAACGGUGGAAUCAGCCCUAAGUAUUUUUAUUUUUAUGUAUACACCCACCUACAAUGUGAUCGUAGAAAAAAGUAUAGUACAAAUACUCUCGUUGUAAAGCGAAUUACGUAGAAUUUGUCUACUUUCGCGUAAUUUGCUUUUACUACGGUUGAUAUUAAAAUUUUACGACAUGCGUGAUCCAUCACGUUGUUAUACAUAAAUUAAAAGUUCUCAUAAAUAAAC